AUGAGUUCACCUCUGCUCACACUCGAACAUGCAGAUAUUGGCUAUGGCGAUAAAUUGAUUGUCACCAAUGUAAACUUACAGAUUACGCCAAGCAGUCGUAUCGGUUUACUGGGAAUGAAUGGUGCAGUGGGUGAUUUACCGCUGAUUCAAGGUUUACGUAAAGAUUCUGAGUUACUCAAUAUUGGUUAUUUUGCCCAGCACCAAAUGGAUGCUUUAGAUGGCAAUGCCAGCCCGAUGUUACAACUUUCUCGCAUUGCUGACCCGAAGAUCAGUGAAGCAGCAUUACGCUCCUUUUUAGGAAGUUUUGGCUUUAGUGGCGAACGUAUGGACACCCCAAGCGAAAGCUUCUCUGGCGGUGAACGUGCGCGUUUGGCUUUGGCUUUAAUCGUCUGGCUACGUCCGAAUGUUUUAAUUCUCGACGAACCUACUAACCAUUUAGAUUUAGAUAUGCGCCAUGCACUUACGAUGGCUUUACAGGAUUUUGAAGGUGCUGUGGUUUUAGUUUCCCAUGAACGUCAGCUGAUCGCUUCAGUCUGUGAUGAACUUAUUUUGGUUCAUGCAGGUCAAAGCAAGGAAUUUGACGGGGAUUUACAAGAUUAUGCAACGUGGUUACGUCAAGCACGUAUCGAUAUGAUCAAGAAUGGACAACAGCCUAGUGCACCUGUUCAAUCUCAGGUGGUUGAAAAGCCAAGUAUUUCAAAACUCGAUAAAGAAGCACAACGUAAAGAAGCAGCUCGUCAACGUGAACUGAGCCGUCCUAUUCGUAAAAAUAUCGAGAAAAUUGAAAGUCAAAUUGGAAAAAUUCAACCUAGACUCGUAGACAUUGAAGCAUUACUUGCAGACUCAGCCCUUUAUGAGGCAAACCGUAAAGAUGAUUUACUCAAACUCAUGAAUGAACAGACAGAGUUAAAAUUCUAA